AAACUACCAACGGCACACCGCCAGGGUUUCCAUGCAGGCGCUGGCCCAUGAAUUCAACGGCAAUCGUCGCGUCGUCGUUCGACAGAGGUCGUUGCAAGGGCGGGGGCUGCAGCUCUUUCACGCCACGUCCGUGACCGCCGCGGGCAUCCUCGACGCGUUUGAGAUCCAAGUUCAAGUUGGGCAGAGCGGCGACGCCGUCGUGUCCAAGCCACUUCAAGUGGCGUCCUACUUGACCGUGAGCAACGUCAAAGUGCUGAUUUUCAAAGAGUUUGGGAUUCUCUACGAAGAGCAAAUAUUGUUUCACCGCACCGUGCUCCUCGAAGACAACUUGGAGCUGGCCCAAUGCAACAUUCACCACGGAUCCACACUCUACGUCGUGCAGAAGAAGCGAUACCGCAGCAUCGGGGCGUCGCAAAUGACAAUCAAGUCGAUUGUCCUCAACUCGGCUGCUGCCGACGGCUACAUCCUUGUCGACAUCCCCGCGCCGCUCCCACCGAUUCACGUGAUUGUGAAGCGCAUUGCGUUUGCCAUUUCGUACUUGCGGCAGCUCGACGUCAUGCAACAAUCGCAUACUCGCCACAAAAUCUGGCAAAGCGGUGCGCACAACUCGCACAACGACAACCCCCGUGCGCGUCCCCAUCCACCAUCCACCAAGCAGCACGAGAUGAAAGAAGCGUUGGCAACCUUGCGAGCGUCGCUUGUGGUCCCGUUUGAAAUGAGAACGCAAGCCGACAUCCGCGUCAUCAAAAAGUGGCUCGGCAACAUCAAGUAUUUUUCCGACGCCAACGUCCCCGACACGUCGCUAUUAGAUGUGUCGCGGCACAUUACCAUCACGACGUACCAGCCAGGGGACGUUGUGUUUCGCCAGGGGGACCCCGGCGGUGGGUUUUUCGUGAUCCUUCAGGGAAGUGUUUCGAUUGCCGGGCAUGGGGCGGGCCUCUUUGCCACCAUGAAGCGAGGCGAAUGCUUUGGGGACGUUGGUUUGUUCAAGAAUUGUACGGGGCACCGGUCCGCCAGCGCCCUUGUCAACUUUGACACGCCCGUCACCGAGUUGGCUUGCAUUUCGCGGGUAUGUACCAUGCCUCCCUGGACUCGUCGAAUGGCGCCGCGAUCCCCACGUUCGUGGCAGGAAGUGUACAGUCGUAGCAUUGGCAUGCACAAGGAAAACAUGCUGGUCGAGUACGAGAAACUCCUGUCCGAGUGCCCCCAGUUCUCGUCGUUUCCCAAGGAAACGAUGACGUUGCUCGCGUACGCGGCGCAGAGCAAGUUUGUCGACAGCGGCGGAUUCUUGUUUCACAACGGCUCGCACAUCGACCACCUGUACCUCGUCGUUCGCGGCGAAUUCCGCGUGACGGCGUCGGCGGUCGUGUCGGUGCCACGUCCGAUCUUGGACGACGACAACGACGACGAUCUCCUCGACUACGACAACUCGAUGAUGGAGAAACGGGCCACCGUGAUGACGCUGCGUUCGGCGCCGACGCUGUUUGGACACGAAGCAUGCAUGAAGCUGAGGCAUCCACAGAGUCAGUACGACAUCGAGGCCACGAUGCCGUCCAUGUUGCUCUCGUUUUCCAAGCAUGCAUUGCGCCGAUUUGUGGUCAACCACGACGCCGCCAUGCAGGAAAUUCUCCAGGACUUUGAGCUCCGAAACCAAGACAUGGACCGCCGGUUGCAGCAAGUCGUCGCGCAUGUCGUCGCUCAAGAACCGAAACCUGACGCGGAAAUGGCAGCGAUCGAUGCGUUUUUCGCCCACACGUUGUCGAAACACGGCGAAGCGCGGUCGAUGUCGGUCGUGUCCCAAGGAUAUCCACGCAAGCUGUCGAUGCUUCGGCCAGCAGCACCACCCCAUGCCGAACCGACGCCGCCCCCACCAAGGGAAUCCACCCCCCGUGCCAAAUCCAAACAAGCUACUGGCUUCCACACGGCGUUUGCAGCCAUGUGCAAAAACCAUUUCCACGAAACGUUGCCCCAUGGCGACUUGCUCACGUACGAGCAGCAAGUCCACUACGCGACCAAGCCCACCGCGACGUUGACCACCGAAGAACAACUGACGAAAAUGAACUGCCUCAUCGAUGGGCUGCGUCGAAUCAAACCCGUCGACGUGUGUCUAGUGGAUGUGAUUCGACAUGCCGGAGGCGACCAGUAUUGCUUCAUGAAUGCGUCGUAGGAUGUAGGAGAUGCCCGGUCGAGUGCAACGAUGGGCAGUCCAACAUCGACGGAGAAAUGCAUCUUCAGUGUAUUCACGAGUUAGUCUGCGUCAUGUAUGGGCACGCGUGGGCGGUACUUGGACGAUACUUUACUUGAACAUGACGAUGAGCAAGUUGAUGAUGGGGCCGAAGAAGUACAUGAACAACACAAGCAAGAGGCAGCACAAGCAGCACAUGACGCGACGGCAGAUCUUGGGUCCAAGCAGCUCGUUGAAUACGUAGAACGGGUUCAUCGAAAACUUGAGGCGACCUGCGGGAGGCGGGCAGAACGGGCUGUUGUUUGGGUCGCUUCGGCCCGUGCCAACAGGAGUCGUCUUGGCCUUUUCCUUGGGCACGAGCUCCAUCGUGACGCAAAUGGCACCCAUGGGCUCCUUCACGUUCGUGUCGCGGUUGAGCCGUUCCAUCUUGAUCCAUGUCGAGUCGGACGGGUUGGUGUCCCAGAGCCCCGUUGACUCCUUGAUGGACCGAAUCGCGUCGUUGUUGUCGGCUUCCUUCGGGGUUUCCUUAACCUUCUUCGGGUUCUUGUCCUUGAAGAAUUGCAAAGGCGCUUUCAACUUGCACACUUCCUUGAAAUGAGGGGCCAAAUCCAACAGACCUUCCGCAAUGCAAUCGUUGGAGGAAAAAAUGUCCUUGUCCCAC